CCGGUGCUGUCUGGUUAGUGCUUGUUUCUGAGCGCCUCACCUGUGUUCCUUCGGUGCAUUUGCGCCGAAUAGCCGUUAAGCUCAGUUCUGACCUUCUUAUCCUGAGCAAUGGUGCAUCUGCCGAAAAUCCUCGUCCCUGUUGGUAUCGGAGUUGUGAAACUUGUUGUCUACACUUAUGAAUAUCUAACAUGGCCAUUAUACUACUUAUGCAGCAAAACCCUACGGUAUAUGCCACUCCCAAAUUCGCCGAUUGAAAGUGACUGGACUUAUAAUGAAGAAGAAAGUCGCACCCUUGCACUACCAAUAGUAGAAGGUGAUCCUUCGUCUCCUUGGCGGGCGGUCGAGUCCAUGGAGGGACUCGCCACCACCGCCCUCCCAGGUUGUCGUGAUCUUGUUAGCAUCUGGCUCAGAACCGUGAAGCUUUGGCCUGAUUUGCCUGCUUUUGGAACCCGUGCCGUUCUUGGAACGGACUACAGAACAACGCCAGAUGGCCGUCGAAUGAUCGAACUAAUCCUGGGCGAGUAUUCGUGGGAAACUUUCGGCGACGCAGAACGUCGUGUUUCGCGCAUAUCGGCUGGACUCUACUCCAUGUUGGCCUCGGAAACCCACGCCCGUCGACCAAUCGCCAUAUUCAGCGAAACUCGUGCCGAAUGGCUCUUUGCAGCUCAAGCGGCCUUUCGUCUUAACCGACCAGUUGUCACACUGUACUCUACUCUUGGCGAAGAUGCGCUAGUUCAUGGUCUCAACGAAACAGAGGUCAGUGUUGUGUUCACGAGUGAUGAACUCUUGUCCAAGGUGGUGAAAAUUGUCCAACGCUGUCCUACCAUCAAACGCAUCAUCUACUUCAGCAACGGUGUGUUCAAUCGCGAGUUGUACACCGAAGUGGACAAUCUGGCAGUGCCCACCGGUAGUGCCACAGCCAGCGUCGCCGAAGCACUCACCAAAGCUCCGCAAGACUUACACUUACAUGAUCUGAUCGAAGUCGAACGGCUUGGUGCGGCUAUCAUGCUGGCCCAGCAAGAAGAACUAAAACUGAAACAAAGAGACAGUAGUGUUGCAACGGAUGCUUCUGGUGAAUGCAGUGGGAUCCGCGCCACAAACUCGUCUAACAGUGCAACUUCCACGUCCUGUCAGGGUCUGUGGAUGCCACCGGCGGAGGAACAGGCAAAGCCAAGCGAUUUGGCCAUCAUAAUGUACACAAGCGGGUCGACAGGUCAACCCAAAGGCGUCGAGCUUACGCACGAGUGUCUGGUCAGUGCGAUUGCGGGCCACCUACAACGACUUCCGAAACUUCGAAGCAACUACGAUAUUUACAUUGGUUAUCUACCCUUGGCGCACGUGUUUGAAUUGAACUGCGAAUUGUGCUGUGUCAUCAUGGGAGUGCGUCAUCUUGGACUACCCUUUGAUGUGGCCUUACUAUCUUUGGGUUUCGCGCCUUCCGUACUCUCUUUAUCCCUGAAGACUUUAUACAUCGAAGCGGUACCCCCCUCCCCGAACGAGAUGGCGCAAAUUGGUUAUUCAAAUCCGCAAACUCUGACAGAUACCUCUUCGCGGAUCAAACAGAACUUUUGCAAAGGUGACGUGACCCUACUGCGACCAACCCUAUUUGCCAGUGUCCCAACCGUACUUGAACGCGUUUCGAAAGCUGUCUGGGAGAGGGUCAAUGCUGGUGGGGAGUUCUCCAAGGCAUUAUUCCGUUUCGCAUAUUCCUACAAAUGUCGCCGCAUUCAUGGUGGCUUCCCCAGUUUUCUGGUGGAUCGACUCAUCUUCCGAAGGGUUCGAUCACUAAUGGGCGGGCGGUUGCGCUACAUUGUCAGUGGUGGCGCCCCGUUAUCGGAGGAUUCUCAACUGUUCGCAAACAUCUGUCUAGCUCCGAUCAUCCAGGGUUACGGCCUCACUGAGACAAGCGCGUCCGGAACUCUCAUGGAAUGUGGGGAUCUGCGAUGUAACCACGUCGGGGCCCCAACUCCUGCUGUUCAAAUCAAACUACGACCUUGGCCCGAAGGUGGAUACUCACCACAUGAUAAGCCAUCUCCUCGGGGUGAGGUUCUAAUCGCUGGAGGUCCUGUGUCGAAUGGUUACUUCAAGCAACCCGAGCUUACCGCACGGGACUUCUACAAGGAUGAAAAUGGUGUCCGAUGGUUUUGUACAGGCGAUAUUGGUCUGAUGCACACCGAUGGCUGUCUAUCAAUUAUCGAUCGCAAGAAGGACUUGGUCAAGCUGCAAGCGGGCGAGUACGUCUCGUUGAGCAAGGUCGAGUUGGCCUUGGCGCAGUCGGUCUACGUGGAACAGGUGUGCGUGUAUGCUGAUGCGAGCCAGCACUACACCAUCUGUUUUGUUUCCCCCAAAUACACAGCCCUGAUGGAAUUGGCCUCUUCACUUGGGCUCGAACACCUGGCAGAAGAAGCUCGGUUGGCCUUGAAGUCUAAUGACAGACAAAACCCUUCGGCCGUGCAGAGUGCACAGUUGGCGUGUCUCUGCAAGUCUCCUCAGAUUGCGGCAGCCGUGCUCAAGGACCUCCAAAGAGUCGGAAGAGAAAAGCGACUGACCACGUUUGAAAUCCCCAAGAAGGUCCACCUGGAUCCCAUGUCAUGGACUCCGGAUACCGGGCUCGUUACUGAUGCUCUCAAACUGAAACGAUUCAACCUCCAAGUUCGAUUUCAGCAUGAAAUUGAUCGCAUUCCCCCGUCGUAUUGCCUUGCUAACAUCAUUGUCCUUCCUACUUCACAGAUUGCGGCAGCCGUGCUCAAGGACCUCCAAAGAGUCGGAAGAGAAAAGCGACUGACCACGUUUGAAAUCCCCAAGAAGGUCCACCUGGAUCCCAUGUCAUGGACUCCGGAUACCGGGCUCGUUACUGAUGCUCUCAAACUGAAACGAUUCAACCUCCAAGUUCGAUUUCAGCAUGAAAUUGAUCGCAUGUAUGAAAAAUCCACUCGAACCUGA